GCGGCGCGGCCGGGCCGCGGCUCCAAAACAAAGGGCAGGCGGCCCGCGGGGCGGCGGCGGGAGGAUGCCUCGCGCCCUGCCGAGGCGCCAACGGCCGCAGCGCGUCCCGGGCCGCGCCGGCGCCGCCUGAGAGCCGAGCCCGCGCUGACCGGGACCCGGGCCGGAUGGGCGCUGCGGGCCGGGGCGCGGACCGCCGAGCGGCCGUUGUGACAUUUUUCUCUCGUCCCAGCUGUGUGGACAGUGCCACACGCCCUCCGAACAACAACGGCUCUUGCGUGCAUCUUUCAGUGUUUCUUUUGUCAGAGAGCCCAGCAGAGCCACCAGCCUUCCAGUGCCAGCCCUGAGCUGAGCGAGGAGUGCCCAGCCGAGAUGGUGAAGAUGACAAAAUCCAAAACUUUCCAAGCUUAUCUGCCAAACUGUCACCGAACAUACAGCUGUGUCCACUGCAGAGCCCACCUGGCCAAUCACGAUGAGCUGAUCUCCAAGUCUUUUCAGGGAAGUCAGGGACGAGCCUACCUCUUCAAUUCUGUGGUGAAUGUGGGCUGCGGCCCCGCAGAGGAGAGGGUCCUUCUCACUGGCCUGCACGCGGUCGCAGACAUCUACUGUGAAAACUGCAAAACCACGCUCGGGUGGAAAUAUGAACAUGCCUUUGAAAGCAGUCAGAAAUAUAAGGAAGGAAAAUUUAUUAUUGAGCUUGCCCACAUGAUCAAAGACAAUGGUUGGGAGUAAAGUGAAAACUUUGUUCUCUUCUGAAUACUAUUUUGUGAAAGAGACUGUAAGCGUAACGGAGGCAUCCUGGAUGACAGUAUUUCUUGAACUUGAACCUUACGGCGGGCUGGCCUCUCCCGGCCGUUCAGGUGGUAAGGUGUCCCUCCAGCCUCUCUCCUGUUCACGUACAUGGCUGUUUCUGAAAUGUUUCAAUGACCUUUUUCUAACUUCUCAAGUUCUAGAGAAAGAAUUAACCGAUGACUUACCUGUCUAGUUAAUACCUUCCUUUAAGCUAUGCCUUUAAGAUAGAGUUUGGCUGUGCUCCUUCAUGUUUGAUAGAAACCAAACCAAACUUCCGCGGACCACAGGGUUAGGGGCUUUUUGGGGAGCAAGCUCACUCCCCUCUUUUUUUGAGUGAGGGUACUGUAGGCCACUUUUUUUUCUAUUUGUGAAACUACAGAUGGGUUAUUCCUCUUGCAUAUGAGCUGUUAAGGCAUAGUGCUCAUUUAGGAAUCUUCCAGAAACAGUCAAGAAAUCUAUACACCAAGGGACCAUUUUUUUUUAAAGCCUUGUUGAGAACUAGACGACAUCACUGAUUACAUUUUAGAUAAGCUAUAAAUAGAGAAAUCUGUCUAAUGGAACAUCUUGUUUAUUUAAGCCAACAGCCUCCUUAUCUAGAAAGCGUCAGCAAAGACUGUCCUCGCGGGCCGCAGGUGCACAUGCGCAUAGGGCUGCAGGCCGGCAGGGCUCUGGAAGUGGGGCUUCUGUGGUAGGUGCUGAUGGGGCGGUCCACGCAGUUAGAGGUUAACGCACUGGACUGAGUCAAAUCGGAUUUCCUUUUUUAUUCUGUUGUACUUGAAGAAAAUGAAUUACUUUUGCAUAUGAAAGAGACCAGAACUAGCGGGAUGAACUUCCAAACUUGAGAUUUGGGAGAUUAUUUUAAAAUUUUUUUCAGGAAAGAGUCAAGUUCCAAAACAGAUUUAAACUUUGUAAAUGAAUAUGGGUCUCCCGUGCCCCACUGGUUCUGUCCCUUGAGCUGACACAGAAGCGACUUGGGCGGUCUUCUAUGCCCCGUGUCUCUGCAAUGUAUUUUAAGUUCUGAUCCACCUGUGCCUCCGCAGGGAGAGGGCACGAGGCAGGGUUAUGGCCAGUUUUCAGAGAAUGGAGGCCAAAAAUCAUUCCCAAGUAAGUUUUGGUUUUCAAUAUUCUGACCUGACUCCGGCUGCUGGGCCCGACCUGCUGCUCCAGGAGUCUGGUGGGGCCUUGCGUGUAGCAUGGCAUGAAACUCCUGAGACCCCAGUGCUGGGGGACGGGAAAAGGGCCCAGCGAGGUAGGGAGAGAGAAGGGCAGCGCACCCCGGCCCGCGGCUCUGAAACCACCUGCAGAGAAGGUCAGCCCAGGGGCACGUGUGAGCUGGCCAGGAAGGGUGGGAGAAUGGCUUCCGGUCCCUGGGAGGUCCCUUCCCUCCCCCCAGCCCUCCCCUGAGCCCAGAGCCCACGGCCCGGGCAGGCACUGGGCUCCCGACUGGUUCUGGCACAGCUGCCCCCCUAGAGCUUCCCUUUUGGCACCCUCUUUCUGGCUCAGAGCGAAGCCUUGGGAUGUGGGGAGAUGCGGCGCCCUGCUCCGGGCAAGGGGACAGGCGCCCGAGUUAGCGUACGCACGUCUCCAGGUGUCAAGGGCAGGUCUUCGUACAGCUGUGUGAGCCUCUGCGCGUGCAGGUACUCCAGCAGGCUGCUCUUCCCCGAGCUGGCGUCCCCCGCAGAUUUCGGUUGUCCCAGCACAGUCCCCGUGUGUCUAAGUUCACGUUCAGCUGUACAGCCUUCAGGCGCCCGGGCCCGCAGGCGCAGCGCACUCGCUGCCAUGCUCUGAAAUCCGAAGACGCUACGCCCUCGAGCUGGCACGUGCAGCGUGGACAUCUGCGGCUUCCGUCCUUAGUGGCCACUUUGAAGGGACAGAAAGGCCCUUUCAUUGAGGAGUGAGUACUCAUCAUUGAAAACGUCGCCUAAACUGACAUUUCCCUUCUCGUCUUAGUUCCUCCGUAAGCCUCUAUGCUGCGCCCGAGGCCCAGAGAGGAUGAGGGCCGGGGGGUCCCGGGGGUGCCGAGGGCAGGGCUCCCGAGCGCUUCCCAAGCUCACUUAAACUGAAGAAUCUUCUCAAAUUUUUCUGACCGAGUUUUGUGUAUACUAAACCUAUAUUUAAAGCUUUUGUAUGUUCUGGGCAAGUUUACUGCUCCUUCGAUUUGAGCACUUUGGUUUUUGUAUUGUCUUUUGUGAUGGCAUUGAAACAUUUUUACUAGUGGUCUUCUGCCUUAUUUUGUAAUUUUUUUUUUGUAAUUGAUACCAACGAAAACUCUUACCA